AUGCGUGUUACUGCUACCUUUGGUACCCUAAUCAUGGGCGCGAGCCUCUGCGCCGCUCGCGCCUGCGCCCCCCAUCCUCGGCCAACAACAACAUCGUCGCUCAGCAGCGAAACUGGCUCUACAGCUGCUGGAGGCGCCACCCCAACGACUACUUCUCAAGAAACCCUGAGCGCCACUGAGUCCGCGUCGAGCAUUGAGUCAUCUGUUACCGUAGAAUCCUCUACAGCCGACUCUGCCACUACUACACAGCUGGAGACAACUACUUCUGGCGAAACCUCUCGAGAGACUUCGAGUGCCACUGAGUCUCAAACCAGUGUUGAGUCUGAGACCAGUUCUGGAACUUCUGCCACUACAACCGAUGGUAUCAGCUCUUUUACCACCAUUGUCGCGACUACGACCGCAGUCACUUCCCAAGAGACCGAGACCUCUACGACCGUCGACGACGCCACGAGCACAACAAUCGAAGCCACUACGACUACAGCUGCCCCUCCUGUGAUCACCAACCUCGUUGAGAAUGGUGGUUUCGAAGACUCUACCGUCGAUCCUUGGGUGGUAGAAGGAACCACUCCGUCAGUCUACACUAACCGGUUCUUCUGCGCCGAGGGUAGCCAGUGUCUGCAAUUGCCUGGAAACCUUGACAAUUCUGCCAGCGUCUGCCAGCGCGUCGCAGUCGAGGCGGGCUUUGAGUACACUUUCAAAGCGCAGGUCAGCCAGAACUGCGUCAAAGAGUAUGGCUCAAACAUACUCAACUGCGAUGACAACGUUAAUACUGCUGAACUGUACAUUGACGGUGUGUUCAACCCUGGUGAAGAUGGCAUCGUCGGCAAUAAUGUUUACAAAACCUUUACCUACACCUUCUCAUAUACCGGCCCAAGCAUUGAUUCGACAGAUCUUUGCGUCAAGAUCACGCAGAACCAAGGCCUCAGCCCUGACUUUUACCUUGAUGGCGUUUCUUUCACGCGGGGGCAAGCUGUGCCUAUUCCUGACCCGACGGAGUAA